CGGCCUGGAGACAACCCGCCGCCGUGCUCGCGCCUCGCACGCCGCCCGACCAGCCCUCCUGGAGGGCGAGCCACGGCCGGGAGGAGAGGACGGCGGCCGGGCGGCUGGCGGCACCAGACCUCUCCAGAUUGGAAAGAAAUGCUUAGAAAUAAAUAAAGAAAGCUUCCCUCUUCAGUCUUGGAUAUAUAUCAUGGGUAUUGGGAAGUCUAAAACACACACCUUCCCUCUUUGUUUCUGUUGGGGUAAAAGUCACAGUGUGGUUAAGAGUCAAGGCCAUCUUCAGUCUGAGUCCACGAAGCCUGAAGUUGCCUCCUUAUCUCAUGUUGGGGAGCAAAGCCGUAUAGCAGAGGAGCAGACAGGGGAGCAAGAGGGAGCCAAGGUAGGAGAAGAGAGUCCCGAAGGAGAGGCAGAAGAGGUGUUCCUCAAAUUUGUGAUCCUGCAUGCAGAAGAUGACACAGAUGAGGCCCUGAGAGUCCAGGAGCUGCUACAAAAUGACUUUGGCAUCAAGCCUGGAAUAAUCUUUGCUGAAAUGCCAUGUGGCAGGCAGCAUUUACAGAACUUGGAUGACGCUGUAAAUGGGUCUGCGUGGACAAUCUUAUUACUUACUGAAAACUUUUUAAGAGAUACUUGGUGCAACUUCCAGUUCUACACAUCUCUAAUGAAUUCUGUGAACAGGCAACACAAGUACAAUUCCGUUAUACCCAUGCGGCCCCUGAACAACCCCCUUCCUCGAGAAAAGACUCCCUUUGCUCUACAAACCAUCAAUGCCUUAGAAGAAGAAAGUCAUGGCUUUUCUACACAGGUAGCAAGAAUUUUUCAAGAAUCUGUGUAUAAGACACAACAAACUAUAUGGAAGGAAACAAGAAAUAUGGUCCAAAGGCAACUUACUGCCUGAGAUGAAGCAUACAACAUAUGGCUGCCUUCUGUUUUGUAAACCAUGUUAAUCAUUAAUCAGAUAGAAAGCAAUUUCCAAGAAACAUUCUAACAAAAAAAGAAAUCACUCUUACAGAAACUGAUGCAGAAAGGACUCCAUCAAGAGAAAGAUACAUUUCUACUGGGCAAUCUGUACAACUGUGAUAACGUUUGGUGUUUCAACAAACACGAGACUGGCAGCUUUGCCUUUCCUCUCAAGGUUUUCCUAGUUCAUGCCUAUGACAAAGGAGGCUCUCAAUUAGUGUUCCUUGCACUGAACCUUGAAUAAGACUGAG